AUGGAGAACAGACAUCAACACCUGGAACUGUCGCUAACAUUGCAGCCCUCUGUUGCAUACCAUGUCAAUCAUCCCCUCUACACUCCCCCUAGCAGCACAUGUGUGUAUGCUGGUAUUGUAGGUUUUACUUUAUGUGAAUUAGGUAACUUAAGCAUUCACCUCCUUUUGAAAAAUCUUCGGCCACCUGGAACCAAAGUGAGACGCAUCCCAAUGCCUGAUGGAAACCCAUUUUCAUUUCUUCUGAACUAUGUUUCCUGUCCAAACUACACUUAUGAAUUUGGAUCUUGGGUCUUCUUUACAAUCUUAACAAAAUGUGCCCCAGUUGGCAUAUUUGCUGUUGUUGGAAUGUAUCAGAUGUCAGUCUGGGCCAUCAAUAAACAUCGCAACUAUAAAAAGGAGUUCCCAGAUUAUCCUAAAGGACGAAAAGCUAUAGUACCAUUCAUUCUU